UCUAGCGUUGCCAUGGCUGUGGAGUAGGCCAGCAGCUGCAUCUCUGAUUUGACCCCUAGCCCAGGAACUUCAUACGUUGCAGGUGAGGCCCGAAAAAGACAAAAAAAGAAAAAAAAAUGAAUAAACGAAACAAUGGUAACCCCCAUUAUGAACCACUUGAGCCUGUUAACAUAUAAGGUGCAUAGUCUUCUGUUUUCUUUUUUAAAUUUAAAAUAUUUCUCUAUAGCUUUUUUUGAGAUAUUGUGGACAUAUUAUGUAAGUUUAAGGUAUAAAGCAAGAUUGUUUGUUAUGCAUAUAUGUUGUGAAAUGACUGCCGCAGUAAGGUUAAGCAAUAUAUCCAUCCCUCACAUAGUUACCUUUUGUGUGUGUGUGGUGAUAUUUUUGAAAUCUAUACUUUUAGCAGCUUUCCAGUAUACAUUAUUGUUAACUGUAGUCACAUCACCAGAAAUUAUUCAUCUUAUAACUAGAAGUUUUUACAUUUUGACACCCAUUCCCAUUACCCCCAACCAUCAGCCCUUGGCAAUCACCCAUAUACUUUCUGUUUCUAUGAGUUUUGCUUUCUUAUAUUCAUAGGUAAGUAAGAUAAUACAGUGUUUGUUUUUCUCUGACAUACCUCACUUAGCAUAAUGCCAAGUUCAUCCAAGUUUUUGCAAAUGGCAAGAUGUCCUUUUUUAAUGCUGAAUAAUACUCCAAUGUAUACACAAACCACAUUCUUUAUCCAUCUAUCUGUUCAUUUAUGAAAACUUAGAUUUUCUUCCAUGUUUUUGCUAUUAUAAAUAAGGCUGUAAUGACCAUGGAGGGGCAGAUAUCUCUACAAGACCUCAAUUUUAUAUACAUAUAUCUCCAGAAGUUGAAAUUUCUGGUUCUAUUUUUAACUUUUUGAGGAACCUCUGUAUAGUUUUCUGUAAUCGCCCUAUCAAUUGGAGGCAUCAUACUGCCCGAUUUCAAACCAUAUUGUAAAGCCAUAGUCAUCAAAAUAGUAUAGUAUUGGCAUAAAAACAUACACAUAAACCAAUGGAGCAUAAUGUAUACAUGCAUAUACAUUCAAUUAGUAUUUGACAAAGGAGACAAGAAUAAUCAAAGGGAAAAGGAUAGUCUUCAAUAAGCGGUGUUGGUAAAACCAGAUCUCCAUCUUACACUGCUCACAAAAAUUAACUCAAAAUGGAAUAAAUACUUACAUACAGACAUAAGACCAUAAAACUCCUACAGGGAAACACAGGGGAAAAGCUCCUUGACAUUGGUCUGAGCAAUGAUUCUUUUGAAUAUGACACCAAAAACACAAGCAAAAAAGCAAAAAUAAACAAAUGGGACUACCUCAAAUAUAAAAGCUUUUACACAGUAAAAGGAACAAUCAACGAAAUGAAAAGGCAGUCUAUGAAAUGGGAGAACAUAUUGGCAAAUGACAUAUCAAAUAUGAGUUAUAUCCAAAAUAUAUAAGUAAGUCACACAACUCAGUAACAACAACAACAAAACCAAAAAAUCCAACUUAAAGAUGGGCAAAGGACCUGAAUAGACAUUUCUGGCAUACAAAUCAACAAAGAAGUAUUAUUAAAAAAAGAUGUGCAACAUCACUGAUCAUCAGAGAAAUGCAAAUCAAGAGCACAAUGAGAUAUCACCUCAUAAACUGUGAAAAUGGCUGUCAUCAAAAAGAUGAAACAGAUGUGGAGAAAAAGGAAUACAUGUACUAUUGGUGGGAUGUAGGUACUCAAGUUUAGAGAAUUUGACUCUAAAGAGAGAAAGGCAAUGUAAGCUAUUUUUUUUAGUUUCUAGGUUGCUUUUUUUAAAGAAGCCUCCCAAUUGCUAUUUUUCUACAAAUAUUUAUAGUCAUACCACAGGUAUCAAGUCUUCACGAUGCUUGAGAAAAGGCAUAUUUCUUGCUUCUGUUCUAUAAUCAAAACAACAUCUAAACUAUUGAGCAAAAGCAAAUUCAAUGGCCAAUUGAUCUUAAAUUUUCCAGUAGCAAAUCUGGCUUUAAGGUCAGCUUGAGUCAGGGCACAAAUGAUGCCAUUCAGACACCCUCCUCAAACCUACAGCAUGCCAGGUCUCCCCCCAGGGCAAGAAGGAAGGCAAAUCACCCCCUCAUCCCUGUGAAGAAGCUUCCCAGCAUUUAGCAUUUAGGGAAGGAAUUGUUUGCAAAUGUGGCCUUCUAUUAGAAUCACCUGGGAUCCUUUUAAUCCAUAGGAAGCAAUGUGAGCAAUGUCUGUUUUGGUCAUAAUGGAGUGAUCUAGAGCCACUUUCCAAAGUCAAAUAGAAAACUGGACAAAUCUAUACAUAUCUAUUCUCAAAGUUAGACACCAUCAGAGAAAGACUGCUUCCUUAGAGAGGGGAAAUGAGAAUUAAGUCCUGCGAUUACCCAGAAUUUAUGCCUAGAGGAACUCUACAGAUCAUGGUGCAAAAACAGCAAUUCCUAGCAGAGCAUGAGUUUCUUAUGGGCUUAAAAAUUUGAGUAGAUGUGGAUGAGAGGUUGAAGAACUUGAGGUCUAGAAUUUGCAGCACAAAGAACUAGAGAGGGAAGAGCUAUGUUAAGAAAAAGCUUCAGGAAUUUGCAUACACAUUUCUUUGAACAACAAACCAUGUACAGGUAGGUUGAGAUUCCACAGGCUAGAAAAAAGCCAGGGCAGAAGCUGUAUUACUGACAAGUCCCAGAGACACAGAGAAUUGAGAGAUGUGUGAGUUCUGACUAGAUGAAGAUGAAAAUUCUCACUGACCAUCUGUGGCCCUUAGCAGAGACCCCAGAAGAGUCACACCUGAGUAGGUGAUUAAGUAGCAUGGAAUAGUAAUUGGAAGAUAAGUAGCAGUGGUUCUUAAUUUAGCAGGACUUGCUAGAAUCCAAAAGCCCUUUUUUUCCCAAAAAAAUACUAGGAAAAAAAAUGCCAGAAUUUCAGGGGAAAAAAUAUAGAUAAUUAGACAGGCAGACAGAUGGAUGGACAGGCAGACAGACAGAUAGAUAACACAAUUGAUUAGAGAAAACCUCACUGCAUACUUGUGUAGGGUCAAAUUUUACAGUUCUGGGAAGUAAUACAUCUUCCAUUCUCCAAAUUAAAAAAUAAAAUUCUACAUUUACUUUGUAUCCUCUCUUUCCUGCCCCCCCGCCUCAUCUCUAUAAAUUAUCAUUUUAUUUAUCCUUUACUGUCUUAAAUGCCAUAAAGUCUUCCUGACAUCCUUAUAACACUAAACAAAAAGGAGUCAUUCCUCCUCUAAACCAUUCUAUUUGACUGUCCCAUGGCUUCCAAACUUUCGUGAGUUCAAACCAGGUUUUUUAGUGUCAUGCAGCAGUAGUUUUUCACACUAAUCAUAUUUCUUAAUCAUUGUGAACAGUUACCACUCUAAGCUCAUGUGCACCUCAUCUCCUAUAACCUUGACAACAAACACAUGGGACGGGAACUCUUAUUUAUUACCCCUCCCUUCUGAGGAAAUUGAGGCUUGGGGUGCUGGCAAAUUGCAAAGGCGAGAGUAAAACGCAAGGAGUUUGGCUCCAGAGUACAAGUUCUUCAGCUCCACUACAGAUGGACUGCCCGUGACCAAGGUGUAGACUAAGAGUGGAGUCAUGCUUCACACGGCCAUAUCAUGUUGGCAGCCAUUCCUGGGUCUGGCUGUGGUCUUAAUCUUCAUGGGAUCCACCAUCGGCUGCCCUGCUCGCUGCGAGUGCUCCGCCCAGAACAAAUCUGUUAGCUGCCACCGAAGGAGGUUGAUCGCCAUUCCAGAGGGCAUUCCCAUCGAGACCAAAAUCUUGGACCUCAGCAAGAACAGGCUGAAAAGUGUCAACCCCGAAGAAUUUAUCUCCUAUCCCCUGCUGGAGGAGAUAGACUUGAGUGACAACAUCAUCGCCAAUGUGGAGCCAGGAGCAUUUAACAAUCUCUUCAACCUGCGUUCCCUCCGCCUGAAAGGGAAUCGCCUGAAGCUGGUCCCUUUGGGGGUCUUCACCGGCCUGUCCAACCUCACCAAGCUUGACAUUAGUGAGAACAAGAUUGUCAUUUUACUGGACUAUAUGUUCCAGGAUUUGCAUAACCUGAAGUCUCUGGAAGUGGGGGACAAUGACUUGGUUUACAUAUCACACAGGGCCUUCAGUGGGCUGCUUAGCUUGGAGCAGCUCACCCUGGAGAAGUGCAACCUAACAGCGGUACCAACAGAAGCCCUCUCCCAUCUCCGCAGCCUCAUCAGCCUGCAUCUGAAGCAUCUCAAUAUCAACAAUAUGCCCGUGUAUGCCUUUAAGAGAUUGUUCCACCUGAAACAUCUAGAGAUUGACUAUUGGCCUUUACUGGAUAUGAUGCCUGCCAAUAGCCUCUAUGGUCUCAACCUCACGUCCCUCUCAAUCACCAAUACCAACCUGUCCACAGUACCCUUCCUUGCCUUUAAACACCUGGUAUACCUGACCCACCUCAACCUCUCCUACAACCCCAUCAGCACAAUUGAAGCAGGCAUGUUCUCUGACCUGAUCCGCCUUCAGGAGCUUCAUAUAGUGGGAGCCCAGCUCCGCACCAUUGAGCCUCACUCCUUCCAAGGGCUCCGCUUCCUUCGUGUGCUCAAUGUGUCUCAGAACCUCCUGGAAACUUUGGAAGAGAAUGUUUUCUCCUCCCCUAGGGCUCUGGAGGUCCUGAGCAUUAAUAACAACCCACUGGCCUGUGACUGCCGCCUCCUCUGGAUCCUGCAGCGACAUCCCACCCUGCAGUUUGGUGGCCAGCAGCCCAUGUGUGCUGGCCCCGACACCAUCCGCGAGAGGUCAUUCAAGGAUUUCCACAGCACUGCCCUUUCUUUUUACUUUACCUGCAAAAAGCCCAAAAUCCGUGAGAAGAAGUUACAGCAUCUGCUGGUGGAUGAGGGGCAGACAGUCCAGCUGGAAUGCAAUGCUGAUGGAGACCCUCAGCCUGUGAUUUCCUGGGUGACACCCCGAAGGCGUUUCAUCACUACCAAGUCCAAUGGAAGAGCCACUGUGUUGGGUGAUGGCACCCUGGAAAUCCGUUUUGCCCAGGAUCAAGAUAGUGGGAUAUAUGUUUGCAUUGCUAGCAACGCUGCUGGGAAUGACACCUUCACAGCCUCCUUGACUGUGAAAGGAUUCACUUCAGACCGCUUCCUGUAUGCCAACAGGACCCCUAUGUACAUGACCGACUCUAAUGACACCAUUUCCAAUGGCACCAAUGCCAACACUUUUUCCCUGGACCUUAAAACAAUACUGGUGUCUACAGCCAUGGGCUGUUUCACAUUCCUGGGAGUGGUUUUAUUUUGUUUUCUCCUCCUUUUUGUGUGGAGCCGAGGGAAAGGCAAACACAAAAACAGCAUUGACCUUGAGUAUGUGCCCCGAAAAAACAAUGGUGCUGUUGCGGAAGGGGAGGUGGCUGGACCCAGGAGGUUCAACAUGAAAAUGAUUUGAGGGUUGACUCCUCCCGCUGUUGGUUCUGUGUUAUUGUUGGUAGCCAGUAAGACAGCCUGGCACAGUAAAGUACUAGGUUAAAGGCAGCUUCGUGCAGCUGCCCCUGUGUCAAAGCAAGGGUCCACAGAAGCAGGAGGACUUCUGAUGGAGACGCUCCACUUAGAGGCAGGCAGGCAUGUGUCAGAGCCCUUCAUACAUUGGGAAACUAAUUGUUUGCAUUGCAAAUAUUGGCAUUCUGGGGAUCUCAGUAAUGAACCUGAACCUUUGGCUCAUGCUCAUGGACAAUUACUCAGCAUUUUCUACCACAGCAAAAGCAAAAGAAUAAGAAGGAACAACCUACAAUGUAGGAUUUAAAUAUUAAAAAGACACAUUUGUCUAAAACAUACUCUACAGAAAAAAUUUGUAUCUAUGAAUUCUCAUUUGUUAAAGCCUUGCAUCAUACCAUAUUGCUGGUUCAACACCACAAAGAAAUCAAUAUAUUCUUUACUCUUUUUUUUUGAAACAUAUAUGCUGUAUAGGUUUUAAAGCAAUAUGAAUGAGAGGUUGUGCUUUUAGUUACUCACCACUAUAGAUCCAAGUGUGAUUUCACCUUCCUUUACAUAGAGAUAACCCUGAGACUAGAUCCCUGGAGUUAUGGGCGGAUAUAUGUUGAAAGAUGCGUUUGUCUGAUGUAGGAUGCCAAGAAAUAGGACCCAAGGCAACAAUGCUCAACUCUGUUAACUUCUGUUACUAUAAAUAAAGGCAUGUGCCUAGUUUUGAUACAGAAUGGAAUAUUUUUUAUACUUGUGAUAUCGCCCUGGACCAGUUUACUGUAACAAAGCCCUUGGUUUCUUCAGAAGGUGGUGUGCCACAAUUUGUACCUGUAAAAUGCAAGGUAGGUGUUAAUCAUGAAAAUUAUCCAUUUAACUACAACUUGAUUUUACUUUCACCAGUCGCUAAGAAUAAGUUAAUAGAAAAUGGAAGAGGAGUUCUCAUCAUGGCUCAGCGGUUAGCAUCCAUGAAGACGCAGUUUCCAACCCCGGCCUCAUUCGGUGGGUUAAGGAUCUGGCAUUGCCGUGAGCUGUGAUGUAGGUCACAGAGGCGGCUCGGACGUGGUGUUGCUACACUGUGGUAUAGGCUAGCAGCUACAGCUCCUAUUUGACCCCUAACCCAGGAACCUCCAUAUGCCAUGGGUGUGGCCCUAAAAAAACACAAAAAAAAAGAAAAUUGGAGAGGAUACCGUUGUUAUAAAUACUCAUAGACUAAUAAACAGCUUGUAGCUAAGAUCCAGAAUUCAGAUGUUUAAAACCUCUCUAGAUAAGAAGGAUUUCUCCUGAGAUGCCAUAAAAACCAGGGUGAUCCAUGCAUACCAUGAUCCCUGCCACAAAGGAUCUGUUUAAAAUACAAUAGCUUCUGAAGCCUGGAUUGCUGCCAGUCGAAGUAAUCAUCUAACUACUGCAACACUGAUGUUGUCUAUUCAAAUACUGUACACACAGUGUUAUCUCAAAUGGGCAACUUCAGGGUUUCUCCCUGCUUCCUUAGCAAGUAAAUACCGGUUUUUAUUUUGAAAGUUGUCUGAUGUAGACAAGAAGAAUCUGUCUUAUUUUGAAAUAAGUGGCAAAAAAUAAGAUGGAUUAAAAAGCACUUGUUUUUUUCCUCUACUGAAGAAAAACUAAGACUUAGCCCUAUAAAUAGGUUAAAUCGUGCUGAUAGUUUCACUCCUCUGAAGGAUUUGUCCAGUUCAUUUUGUAUUAAUGAUUGUGACUCAAAGUUAAAAUAUUAUGGUAUUUUAAAAAUGGCCUCAUACCAUUACCACCAGCGAUCUGGUUCAAAUGAAAAAUAAUUCCAUUUGGCUAAAGGUUGAGUCAGUGGUUUCCAAGUGGUUAUACAGUUGACCCUUGAAUAUGGGAGUUACGAGUGAUGACCAUCUGUGCACUUGAAAAUCUUCAUAUAAGUUAUAGGUAGCCCCUUGUAUCCAUGAUUCUGCAGCUAUGGAUUCAACCAACCUCAGAUCAUGUGGUACUUAAAGUAUUGACUGUUGAAAAAAAUUUGUCCAUAAGUGGACACAACACAGUUCAAAACCAAUGUUAUUCAAGGGUCAGCUAUAUUCAUAUGAUCUGAGAAAGCAUUGAAUAUAGUGUAUUCAUGAAAUGUGAUGUAUUUAAUCAGCAUAGAACAGAUAGGAGAUGUCUACGUUUUUCACAUUUUGUGAGGGACCCGAAAAUGAGUACCCUUUUGGACACUGUGUAAGCUGGAGUAGGAGAUCUUUGGAAUUUGUUUCUUGGCAUAUCAGAUCAGAGAUUAACUUUCAAAAACUUGGCUUUUUUUGACUAUUUCAAAUUUUGAGUAACUUCAAUAAAAUUGACCCCAAUAAAAAA